UUUAGGCAAAACCAAAUCCCAUUGCCUUUGCUUUGGCAGUAAAGGUUUGCCACAUUUCAUCCUUUCAAAACCCUGUGCUGGGGAGAAAUGCCUUCACUGGAACCCGAACAUACUCCUCUACUUGAACCAUGGCGGACGCCAUCAGAUGCGCCUGCGACUCCCUGAACUCCGUCGUGGGAUACCUGGUCACCAUGAGGAUCUGCGAGAUCCGUCAAUGCCUCGAGUUCCUCGGAGUGGCGCACACUGAGGUGAUCGCAGGCGUGGUCCUGUUCGUCCUGAUACAGUUCACCAAGUUCACGGUGGUCCUGCUGCUGGCCAUUCUCCUGGCCUAUGGGAUAUUCUACUUGUGGGAAACCUUCUUCCCGGAAAUCAGUAAAUUUGGUCACAGAGGAAUUAAAAUGUUCCGGAAUGUACGAACAUCUGCCAACUUGCCGCCUUUUGUUUCGGACACUGAGGAGACUCCUGGAGAGUACUUAAUUAGUCCAAAAAUCCAACAUUACACCACUGGCAUGAUAAACCCGCCAAAUUCUCUCAAAAUGCCUAUGCUACUGCCUAUGUUACCAAAUAAGAACUUGAGGACAACCAGCCUGCAAACAGACCACCAACGGAGAGAAGAGGAAAACAGACGAGGAUCUCGUGGACUAGGUCACUAUUCUAAUCGGGAAUCGCAAGACCCAGGAAAACAUCGCUACGAGCGUCCUAACUGGCGAUCUGUUAAUCCGGAACCGGAAAGGGAGCACCACUCCUCGAAAAGAACUUCCCAUGGGGCCAGCGGAAGUGGUGGAGGUGGUGAGUCCAAGCGGAUGUCGAAUGUCCUGCGAAUCCCAAACAUCACCAGUGGAGUGGUGGACGCCAGAAGACUUCCCGCAGUGACCAGCGAGCAACUGAAACGACUGCCCAAUAUCACAAGUGGAGAAUCAAGGAGAACCCCGAAGGGAACUAGUGGUGCCAACGAAUCCAGGAAGCUGCACAGAUUAACCAGUAAGGAGAUAGUAGAUUCCCGCAAGGUUCCAAAAAUAACUAGCGGUACCAAUGAAUCACGAUGGCUUACCAGUGGUCAAACGACGGAAUCCCGACGAGCUCAAAGAAUCACCAGCAGUAGCAAUGGGUCUCGAAGAUUGCAAAAUAUAACGAGUGGGGAAGCUAAAGAAACCCGAAGAAGUUCUCAUCCACGGCGUGUUGAUGACUCCCGUCGCCAUUCCCAAGGUCAUAGAGAUGGAGGAGGUGGUGUCGAGUCUAGGGGUCGUCGAGCUUCGGAGAAAUCACAUCCGGCCCAAGGACGUCGUCCGGAGGAGCCAUCAAAGCAGCGGCGGAGCAACAAUGUGCCUCCUGGAGUGACUAGGCGUCAAUUUCCGGAGGAUCAAUACGAACGCUUGAAGAUUGAGAACCGGGAGUACCAGGCCCGCCAUUUGCAGGCCAGUGGUCCAGCUGGUUUUCAUCAGAGCUUACGUGUUCCUACCUCCGAAGGAGCUCAACUCACCAAACAGGAUAACUUCAUUGCAGGACAUCGCCAUAGGAACACCAAAUCAAGCAAUCCCAACAAGGAUGCCGGUCAUCCACAUAGAUCCCAUCGCAUGGCUAAUCCGAUAUUUUAGAAUGGACAGAAACAGUAUAAGAAAAAAGUACGCACUUGACAGUGGAGCCGAAAAGUAAAAGCUUGAGAUCUCUCUUCAGAUCCCCCCUAAAAAAAUACUUUUUCCAAAAGCUCCUCCCUAACCAGUAGUGAAUCGAUAAGAACUAUCCAAUUUGACGAAUACCCCAAGACGAUUGACAGUUGCGAUGACUCCGAUGAAAGGCCAAGUAAAAAUGCAGCAAAAACAACGGCCAAAAAAGCCCCAGAAACAACUCUAGAAAAGGAAGGAGUACCAAAUGAAACGCAGGACCAAGGAUCCAGCCGUGAAGAAGUUAACAGUUUCAAUUUAAAGGAGUAUCCAUUUGUGGUGGAGAUGCCCGAGCCAGCGGACAAAGAAAAGAAAAAGAAAUCCAAAAACAAAAUAAGUGAGGAAUAAAAGAAGGAAAAUAACUGAGCCCGUUUUAAAUGUGUAUCAAAAUUUCUGUUUUUUCUAAGCCAAAUAAAUAACACAAAAGAAAAA